UCAAACAAAAAAUAAUUAUCUAUUUCUCCCUGAGUUUUUAAAAUCUUACAUUUCAAAGCUUUAAAUAAUUUUUCUUGCUCAAUUGAGCUUCUCUUGUAGCCCUAGUAAAAAAAAUGUUCACAGAAGGUUUAGAUGAAAAUGCAAUCAACUGGAUCAAGCAGGGAUCAAAUCAGUCACAACAAGAACUAUUAAGAACUAGAUUGCCGUUAUCUCCGUUAUCGUCACCGCACGGUGACGAUGAUGAUCGUCACCCAUUUCAAAAUUCUCCGGUAACAGUUAACCCAGUUCCUAAAUCUCCACUUUUGUACAAUUCAACCCAUAGUUUUAGCUCUAAUUAUGUAUUGCCCCCUCUUAAAUUCCACUCUGGGUUGCUAAACCCUCGGUCUUGUUUAGUGAAAUCAUCUUGUAUUGGGGAUGAUGAUGAUCAUAGUGAUGAUGAGAGUGUCGGUUCGGUCUCGGAUUUUGUUGGGGGUAUUGAUACUGAGGGAGAAUUUGAUGAAGAUGAGGUGUUUGAUAAUAGACAUGUGAGAAAGUUGAAUAGAGGGUUUUUGAAAGAAGAUUUGAAAAUUGAAGUUCCGGAUAGUCUUAGAAGGUUUACUACUGGAGGUGAAGUGGGGUUUAGGAAAGGUUUGAUUAAGGAUGGUUAUUCAACUACUCCUGUUAGUUGUCCACUUAGAGACAGAGUUCAGCUACAUAAUAAUGCUCAUGUUGCAGCGUUCUCUGGUGGUUCUAGUAAGUUUAAGGAGGUUCAAGAUUUGGGAACUCCAAGUGCUCCGCCGAUUAUGGAGACUGGAGGAGAAGAAAAGAGUUUUGUACUUGAACAGGAACUUGAGGAUAUGGAAAUUGAGGUUUCCAACUCAAGAGACAGUGAGAAUUUUUAUGCAAGCAAUGAAGGUGGUUUAGAUCAAACAUUGCAGUCUUUGCCUAGCACUGACUUUGUUGAAAGGUCAAACAAGACCAUGGCCAGAGAUAUAGAAGAGAAGAUGCCCUACUGGCAGACAAGCUCUUCGGAUCACACAUCUUAUCAUAACACAAGUGGUCAAUAUUCUUGGCAAACUCUAAUUGCCUAUGAUGCAUGUAUCCGCUUAUGUCUCUAUGCAUGGGCUAGGGAUUGCACUGAGGCUCCUGAGUUUCUGCGAGAUGAGUGUCUGCUUCUUCGAAGCGCCUUUGGGCUAGACAAGUUUCUGUUGCAACCACAAGGUGUACGAGCUGUAGAAAUCACAACCACCAAAAAUGCUGAACAAAUAUGCCCUCUGAAGGUAAAAAAGGUGGUUGGGAAGAUAAUGGUGGAAGUAAGGAAACUUCGAAUAAUACCUAGGCGGAGGCUUAAGAGCACUUACUCUCAACGCAGUGCAAUCUACAUGCAGGUGGGGAAAGAAUAUGUCCGGCAUGUUUCCUCAUUAAUGAAAACUGGAAUGAAUUCUCUUAAAAUUGCUUCAUUUCCAGUGUCAUCAGAAGAACAACUUUCAUGUUCAUUCCAACUAAAGAGCACUAGUGAUGAUACUCAUGUCGAACCAGGUUCCAACGUUUGCUUACGCCCAGGGAGUGGGGAAUAUCAUGUCUUUUUUCCAGAAAGUGAAGGUGAUGCCCUUUUAGUGGAAGUCCAAGAUGUCAAAAGAUCAGUCCAAGGCCGAGCUACAAUUCAAAUAUCAUCGUUGAAUGACAACCUUAGUGAUAGAAGUAGAUGGUGGCCCUUAUACCAUGACGAUCAAGAAUGUGUUGGAAAGAUACUGCUUUCAAUUGGCAGUACAAUUACAUGUGAUGAGACGAAUAAUAUAAAGAGUGCCCCUGUUGUUGAAACUCUAGCUUACGACAUACUGUUGGAGGCUGCUAUGCAUGCUCAACAUUUUCAUUCUCGAAAUUUGAGAUUGCAUGGACCCUGGAAAUGGCUGUUGACUGAAUUCGCAGAUUAUUAUGGUGUUUCUGAUUCUUAUACAAAAUUAAGAUAUCUUUCACAUGUCAUGAAUGUGGCGACCCCAACAAAAGGCUGCUUAGAGCUGGUCUAUGAGUUACUUGUACCCAUUAUAAAAGCUAGGGGAGAGAAAAGUUUGACCAGACAAGAGAAAACUUUACUGUUAGAUUGUGAAACACAAAUUGAGAGCCUCUUAGCAAAUGUUUUUGAGAACUAUAAGUCUCUGGAUGAAACCUCUCCCACGGGGUUGGCUAAUUUGUUUGGUCCAAUUGAAGAAUCUACAGCACCAGCUUUAGCUCCAGCUGUUGAAGUUUACACACUUCUUCAUGAUAUACUAUCUCAAGAUGCUCAAACUAUGCUGAGAAACUAUUUGCAGACUGCAGCUAAGAAGCGGUGUCGCAAGCACAUGACUGAGACUGAUGAAUUUAUGUCAAGCAACUCUGAGGGCUUUAUCAUGGAUUCUAUUACAAUCUCAACAGCUUAUUUGAAAAUGAAGAAAUUGUGUGUUAGUAUUGGCAAAGAGAUCCAGGCAGACAUCAAGAUCCAUAACCAGCACAUAUUUCCUAGUUCAAUUGACUUGUCAAACAUCACAGCUGCUGUCUACAGCACCGAAUUGUGUAAUAGGCUUAGGAGCUUCCUUUCUGCCUGGCCUCCAUCUAGUCCACAACCACAUGUGAAUGAACUUCUAAUUGCAAUCGCUGAUCUUGAGCGAGAUCUUGAGUUUUGGAAUAUAAGCCCGGUGCACGGUGGUGUAGACUCUAGGGGAUUGUUCCACACUUACAUAAUGGUGUGGGUGCAAGAAAUGCAGCUUAAUUUACUUGAGCAGUGUAAAGCAGAAAAGGUGCCAUGGGCUGGAGUAACAACAAAUUAUUCCACCUCUCCAUUUGCUGAGGAAAUGUAUGAGAAAAUCAAGGAUUGUCUUAUUGGGUAUGAAGUGGUGAUCAACCGAUGGCCACAAUAUUCAUUGAUUUUGGAAAAUGCUGUUUCUGAUUCGGAAAGGGCAAUCAUCAAGGCAUUGGAGAAGCAAUACAAUGACAUAUUAACUCCUUUAAAAGAUAGCAUUCCAAAGAGGCUUAAUAUGCAUGUUCAAAAACUGACUCGAAGACAAUCAACAACACAUUAUUCUGUACCCAGUCAACUGGGAGUUUUUCUGAAUACUAUCAAGAGAAUUUUGGAUGUGUUACACUGUAGAGUGGAGGAUAUCUUGAAAUCUUGGGCAUCAUAUAUACCUCUUAUGGGAGAUAAGAAAUCACUUUUUGGAGAGCAGAUGAAUGGAAUCACAGUUCUGCUGAGAACAAAAUACAAAAACUAUUUGCAGGCAACAGUUGAGCAGCUUCUUAACAAUAUGCAAGGUAAUCGGAACACACGACUGAAAAAGAUUUUGGAGGAGAUAAAGGAAGAAGACGGGGAGGGUGAAGUACGUGAAAGAAUGCAGAUAUUAAGUUCGCAGCUCAUUGAUUCCAUUUCCAACUUGCAUGAGGUUUUCACCAGCCGAAUAUUUGUCGCAGCCUGUCGUGGAUUCUGGGAUAAGAUGGGACAGAUUGUUUUGAAGUUUCUUGAAGGAAGAAAGGAAAAUAGAGUGUGGUAUAAUGGCUCUUGUUAUGCUCUUGGGAUACUUGAUGACACUUUUGCUUCCGAAAUGCAAAGACUGCUCGGAAACUCAUUGCAAGAGAAGGAUAUAGAGGCACCUCGUUCCGUAAUUGAAGCUCGCUCUAUUCUUUGCAGAGAUACAGCAAAUACAUCUGACACUUCCACGUAUUUCUAUGUUUAGUUAUGGGUUAUACUUUAUGUUAUACCAAGUCCCCAAUAUCAAUGUCUAUAAUUUGUCGCAAGGGGGAUUUUGUUACAGGCCAAGGGGGAUUUUCAUCUUUAGUUAUAGGCUUAUACGGACACAUUCAAUCAAUUCCAUCAUAUUCUUUUUGUAAAUGAUUUCAAAUGUGAAAUAUAAUUUUACUAUUCUUUCA